AUGAAGCGGUUGAAUUUGUCAUCUCAGAGAACGAUGAAGCUGAAUGUCAUGACAUGUUGGAAUUCAACUUUUGAAAUGUUGAAUUCAGCGAUAGCUUUCAGAGAUGUAUUCUCUUACUAUGUAAAGCGUGAUAGUGUGUAUCUUUGGUUGCCUUCUGAAGAUGAUUGGUCAAGAACUGAAUCAGUUUGCAAGUUCAUUUCAGAUUUUUACGACACAAUGAAGAAAUUUUUAAUAAGCAAGUAUCCAACAAUAAAUAUAUUUUUGUCAAAACUUUGGAUGGUAAAAGAUGUCUUGCACAGAAGAUGUAGUGGACCAGACUUUUUACAAUUAAUGACCAUGGGUAUGCAGUUAAAGUUUGAUAAGUAUUGGUCUAAGUAUAGUCUAGUAAUGGCUAUUGCAAUCGUUCUUAAUCCUCGAUACAAGAUGUUCAUGGUUAUAUUCAUCUGUAAUAAGUUGUAUGGUGAGAAGAGUGCCUUUGAGGUCGAUAAGAUUCGUGAUGCAGUUGAUGAUUUGUAUAAUUUCUAUGUGGGCACCGCAAAAGACAAAACUCCUCAAGUGGAUUCUAGUUCUGUUGUUGAUGAACCACGAGAAACGAUCGAUGAUUUCAUGUCUUUCCUGGUACUGGUUGAGACUCAAAUGCAAACAACCCAAUCAGAACUUGAAAACUAUCUCAAGAAGCCACUUAUAAAGUACAAAGGUGUAGAAUUUAAUGUUUUGGACUGGUGGAUGACGAAAUCUCGUGAUUCACAAAACCUUGUGCUCUCAUUAAUGGCACUAGACAUAUUAUCAAUUGCAAUUUCAAGCGUGACUUUAAAAUCUGCUUUUAGCACGGGGAGUAGGGUCAUGAACAAGUAUCAAAGCUCACUUACACCAGAAUCAGUUAAAGCGCUCAUUUGUACACAAAAUUGGCUGUGUCCGAUCUGGGGGAAAGAGAAAUCCGUUGAUGAGGAGUUCAAGGAAAAGGAGAGUGAUAAGCAAGAUGAGACAACACCUGCAACAAUUGCAUGA